AAAAUAAAAAGUCUUCUCGAUAUUUUCACUCUCACAUAGUCGCAUUAUUACACCAUCUUUAUAAAGUUCACCAUCUUCACUUCCCCAAAAGAAAAGGGAGAACAAAGAUGACAAUGCAAACACUCUGCGUCAUCACUCUCUUCAUAGCUAUCUUCACCCCUCAAACCACUUAUGCUUACAGAUUGAAAUUCAACCACUUCGGUAACGGCUCCGAUCUCUUCUCGUUCCAUGGAGACGCAGAGUAUGGUCACGGCACCGACGGCACGACCCGGUCCGGUUCUCUCUCUUUGACCAAAGACAAAAUUCCUUUCUCUCAUGGUCGAGCCAUUUUCAUCAACCCAAUCACCUUCAAGCCUCCCAACAACGCUUCUUCUGUUUACCCUUUCAAGACCUCUUUCACUUUCUCCAUCACGCCUCACCGAACAAACCCUACUCCUGGUCACGGUCUCGCCUUCCUCGUCGUCCCAAGUAACCAACAUGCCGGUUCCGGUUUAGGCUACCUAAGUCUCGUGAACCGAACCAGCAACGGUCAUCCCAGUAACCAUCUGUUUGCUGUUGAGUUCGACGUGUUUCAGGACAAGUCUUUUAAAGACAUCAACGAUAACCAUGUCGGAAUCGACAUUAAUUCGGUCGAUUCGGUGAAGUCGGUUAAAUCCGGUUAUUGGGUUAUGACAAGAAACGGUUGGUUGUUCAAGGACUUGAAGCUGAGCAGUGGAGAUAAGUACACGGCUUGGGUCGAGUACAACAACAAUUUAAAAGUAAUCUCGGUUACCAUCGGUCUCGCGCAUUUGAAGAAACCGAACCGACCAUUGAUCGAGGAGAAAUUCGACCUCUCUAAUGUGCUGCUCGAGAAUAUGUACGCCGGUUUUACCGGUUCAAUGGGCCGUGGUGUUGAGCGUCACGAGAUCUGGGACUGGAGUUUUCAGAAUUAGAUAACAGUGUUUGUUCGAUGUGAGAUCGGUUUAAAUCGGUUUUCCUUUGGUUUGUUUCUUUGUCUUGUUUUGAUAGCUUCUGUUAGUGUCUCCCGCUAAUAAUUGAAGUGAAUAAAUGCCCAAGUUGUCGGUUUCCAAAUUUCAAAGAAUAAUACUCCCUCCUUUCCUAAAAAUAA